AUGGCAAGGAAAUCGAAACAACGUUCAAAAGGGAAGUCCCUUCACAACAAAAAGACUUCUUUUGAUAAGGAAAACAUUGCGAAGGCUUUGGAAGAAAGAAUAGCUAACGAAAAAGUCUCUACUGAUAGUGCAGUUAAUUAUGAUGAUACAAAGGAUACAGAGCUAAAAGAUACAUAUAAGGAUUUAUUUGCGAGGUUUGAAGUACGAAAUAAAGACAGCAAAGUAGAUAAAAAUUUGUCUGAAGUGAUAGAAUCCGAAAACCUUAUAAAUGAAGAGAAUGAGGAAGAUAAUGUAAAAGAUGAAUUCGAGGCGGAUAUCUCAAAGAGAAAGAUACGAAAACUUUCAAAACCAACUUUAGCAGGAUUAAAAACAUCAGUGCCGUAUCCACAGGUUAUCGAAUGGUAUGAUUGUGAUGCCCUUAAUCCUUAUUUUUUAGCAUCUAUAAAGUCAUCAAAGAAUAUAGUUCCUGUGCCAGACCAUUGGCAAACCAAAAAAGAAUAUUUAUCUGGAAGAUCAAUGUUGGGUAAGAAACCAUUCGAAUUACCAGAAUUAAUCAAGCAAACAGGAAUAGAAGAGAUGAGAAAUACUUUGCCAGGCAAGCAAGAGACUGAUGAAUCAUUGAAGGAAUUAUCUAGAGCUAGAAUGCAACCCAAACUAGGCUCUUUAGAUUUGGAUUAUAAAAAAUUACAUGAUGUAUUCUUUAAACUUGGAGCUGAUUGGAAGCCUGAAUUGUUAUUAGGAUUUGGUGACUUAUACUAUGAAAGGAGAAACCUUCAAAACGAAGAGCAAUGGAAAAAUUUAAAAAAGUCCAAAGAGCCAGGUUUAAUAAGCGACGAGCUAAGGAAAGCAUUAAAUAUCCAAGAGGGGCAAUUGCCACCUUGGUGUAUAAAGAUGAAUAAAAUUGGUUUACCACCAAAUUAUCCUAAUUUCAAGAUUGCAGGUAUAAAUUGGGAUAUUACUAAUUUUAAAAAUAAUAGAUAUGGUUCCAUUGCUAAAACAGCCCAUUCAAAAAGAUUGAAAAAAAGACGUAGUAACGUAUUUGGUGCAUUGUUCUCGGCUAAAGGGUCUGAAUCAGAAAAUAUAUUAGAUGUAGAAACACCUCAGCCAGAUGUAGAUACAAACGGCAAUAAGAAUGAAAAAAUUGAGAAUAUUGAAGAAUAUGGCAAUGCAUUAGAACCUAUUCAACAAACUCCUAGUGCCCCGUUGGAAACCACUAACAAAGAAGAUGACAAGAAGCAACAAUUAUAUACUGUGCUAAUGAAAAGUUCUGAUACAAAUGCUGAUAAAAAGUCGAUUUCAGACCUAAAAUACGAGAUCCCAGGGAAACAAAACAACAAUGAGGAAAAGCAUAAACUCGAAAGUAAAGAUCACUAUAUACUGGAAGGUAACAAGGAAGAACAAUUAGAAGAAUUUAGAUUUUAG